GAGGAAAGACGUUCUAUCUUCUGGAGAAUUGUUUUAUUCCAGUUUUGACCACAUCGUAAACAAUUUAACGGACCAGUAAACAUUAAAAAAUCAUAAAAAUUAUUCAAGUGCAAUUUAAUUAUUGCACUUGCAAUAUUUACAGAACUGACGCAAUUCAUGAGAGAUCAUAAGGAUAUACAUAAGUUUAGCAGAGGCAGACUGAGACAAGAUCAUUAUUACCAACUAACCACCCAACCAACCAACAUUUAUUAUUGGUUAGUAGCGUACAACUAAAGGCAGAAGAAACUGAAAAGUUGGACGAUUGCCGAGCCGCUAAAUUAUUCGGGACAAGCCUGCUGGCUGCGUAUAAAGAACAUUUCGAAAUAAGAACGAUUCAGAUUCAAUGGAACAAGAUCGGAUCGACAAGAGUUUGAAACGUCUCCGAAAUCUGGUUAAAGAAGAUACCUCCAAGCAUGGCCACAUUCCGGAGGAGUUUAUAGAAGAUGAUAAAUUCCUCUUGAGAUUCAUACGUGUCAGAAAAUUUGAUUGUGAACGAGCCCACGCCAUGCUGAAAGAAUACUUCACGUUGAGGAGGAAAAAUCCGAAAAUGUUUCGAACAUUGACUCCAAGCCAUUGUAAAGGCCUUUACGAUACGGGGAUGUUUGUCGUGUUGAAGGAGAGGGAUCAACUUGGGAGGAAAAUCUUUCUAUUUAGAACUUCACUUUGGAACCUGGACGAAGUAUCGAUCGACGAAGUGAUAUGUGGCAUGUUUCUGCUUCUCGAAGAAAUGGUGGAGUCUGAAGAAACGCAAAAGAAGGGAGUCAUUUUCGUCAGUGAUCAAGGAACCUUAGGUAUCAGGCACUUCAAGCAGUUUAGCAUUGGAAGGGUUGUCAUGAUCCUGAGUAUAUUGCAGGGAAAGUUUCCCUUGAUGUGUAAAGGACUCCAUAACGUAAAUGACCCGUACUGGCUUCAAAAACUGGGCAUGUUUGCAAAGCCAUUUUUCUCAAACAAGUUACAGAAAAGGGUCCACUUUCACGGUGAUAAUUACGCCUCAUUCCAUAAAUUUUGUCGGCCAGAAGUCCUGCCCACCACGCUGGGAGGGAGGCAAACCUGGGAAGAGGUUCAAGAUGACGAAUUAUUUCAAAGACUGUAUUCUAAGGAAGCGUACUUUAAGAAACUUGCAGAAUUUUCUAAAAAUUAGUUCAGUUUAAUCACUCUACAUGAAAUACAAUACAUUGUAAAUAGUAAAUACUUAAUAAUAUGCUUAAUUAACAUGUAAAUGGAUAACGUGUCAGUACUUCAUUGGUAAUAAAAUGUGUUCAAGUUAAAGUA